AUGUAUAUUGUUUUCCAGAUGUCAAACGUGAUACGGUAUGAAAUGUCUCUAAUAAUUAAAGCUCUUGGCACUCCUGGUAUAAAAGAUGCUCUCAAAAGGCAUCUCAAAGGUAUGCUCGAUAAUGGUGCUCAUCUAUUCAACGUCGAGAAUCUUGGCUUGCGACGCCUUCCCAAUGUAUUUCAUGUUCAAGGAGAAAGGCAAUAUGAAGGGCACUACUUCCUCAUUAAUUUCAAUGCGCCACAUGAUUCACUUAACCAGAUAAGAAAAAUGGCGCGUAAAGACUCAGAUAUCAUCAAGUGUUUCGCUGCCCUUAAAGACGAUGGAUGGGUGCCUCCGUGUUCAUUGCCAAAUGCAGCUAAUUGCGAAUUCGGCGAAAUCAGGAAUCCGAAUUAUGAAAAGACAGCUAGACGAAGACACGGUUACCGAUUGUAUUAA